UUAUGGAAUCAUUAUAAUUAUGGACUUUGAUAAGCAUUUUUGAUCAUUGAUUGUAAACGACGACAAUGAUGAUGUUGAUCUCAUCGUCCGGUGGCACCAUAAUAUUGGUGGCCAUAUUUUCAAUAUUAUUGAUCGGUUUUAUUGAUUUAUUUAUACAAGAACCGAAUCGUUGUGAAAUGACCUAUAUGUAUCAAUAUCCUGAAUAUGUGGAAAUUGAUAUGGAACGUAAUUUAAGAAAAAUGUUUCCAAAUUAUCACCUUUAUGUUUACGGUGAAGGUCAAUAUGCUGAAACAUUACGAUUAAAUGAAUUUAAUGGUCAACCAAUCAUAUUUGUGCCUGGUAAUGCCGGUAGCUAUAAACAAGUUCGAUCAUUAGCAUCAGUUGGUCUGUUAAUGUCCGCACAUAAAGGAUCUCAUUUAAAUUAUUUUAGCAUUGAUCUCAAUGAAGAAUUAUCGGCAUUUAUUGGUGAUAAGCUGGAAAGACAAACCAGAUUUCUUUAUCAUUCAAUUCGUCGCAUUUGCGAUCUUUAUAAACAUGUUCCGAAUAUUCGAUUGAUUUUGAUUGGACAUUCGAUUGGUGGCAUGCUUAUCCGUUCAUUGUUGACUAGAAAUGCAUUUCGUCCAUUUUUAUCACGAAUAUCAAUCGUUUUAACAUUAUCGACACCGAAUCUUCAUCCAGCUAUUGGUUAUAGUUUGGAAACAAUUCGAUUUUAUGAACGUACCAAUUCGGAUUAUCAACGUUAUCGAAACACUAGACUAUCGGAUUUGAAUUUCAUAACGAUUGGUGGUUCCUAUCAGGAUCUAAUUGUUCGUCCGGAUUUAAUUCGACUUGAUUCUUCAACGAAUCCAAAAGAUCUGUCCAUAUUGACAACAGCUAUACCUGAUGUAUGGGUAUCAGCUGAUCAUCUUUGUAUUGUUUGGUGUCGUCAAUUAAUGAUCAAAUUGAAUCGAAUGUUUUUCGAUCUAAUUGAUUUGGAUCAAUUAGUAUUUAUUGAUAAUAGUGAUCAACGACAAAAAAUUAUUGAUUAUCAUUUAUUACAUCGACAUUAUUCAAAAGAAUAUCCUUCUAUUUUACCAUCAUCAAAUUUAUCAAUUUCAUUGAUGACAAGCACAAAAAUCAAAUGGAUCGAACUAAAAGAUCGUCUUGUUCGUUUAUCGUUUGUCAAAAUUGUUCGACCAAUCAAUUAUGUGAUUCGUUUGAAAGAUGGUGAAAUGAUAGUAAUCUAUUUGGAAGGAAAUCUUAAACCAGAUACUAUUUCGAUUGGUAAUUGUCAACCGUCGACAAAUACCGAACCAGCAUUUGAAUGUAAUGGUAAUAUUUACACGGUUACAUUGAUGACACAAUCGGUACCGAAUCUUGAUUCCAAAUGGGAUAGUCAUGUUGGCCGAUUUGAUGCUGAUCAAUGGUUAGCUAAAGGUUUUACCCAUCUGAUUAUUAAUCUUAUUCCAUCACAAUCAUCGCGAUAUGUAUUGAUUAUUGAUCGAUUUACUAGAUCAAUUCGUCAACGAACAAUUCAAAUGCCGAAUUCAUUAUCAUCAUUUCAAUCCAAUCCAUUCGUUUCAAAAUUAAUGUUUUCCAAACUCAUUUCACAAGAGCAAUUAUAUUAUGAAUUAACAUUGGAAAAUUUUAACAAUAUUUGGCAUUCAUAUUGGCUGAUGGUACGAACUACUAGUUGCUAUCAAAAUGAUUCGAAAUUCAAUGGUUUUUUGUAUCUAAAUUAUCCAUCGAAUCCAGAAUUGAAUGAAUUUAUAUGGCCAUUACAACCGAUUAAAAAUUCUCUAUAUCAAUUUGGUCUUUCACGACAUACAAACUCUCUGGAUGAUGAGCUAAAUGUUGGAAAAAAUCGACCAAAAAUCUACUUAUUCGUUGAACCAAAUUGUGGUUUUGAUUUUCAAAUGAAAUUUUCAAUUACCGGUUCAAUAGCUCAAUUACUUCGUCAUUAUUUUCCAUUAAUCGUCCCGAUGAUCAUAUCGAUCAUUAUCUUGAUAUUAUCCAUACAAUUUUCAAAUCUUUGUAAUAGAUAUACAUUUUCAAAUUCGGAUUUAGAAAAAUUUCGAACAUUCGUCAGUCGAAAUGAUUUUGCUGGAAAAUGUUAUCAAUUUCAAACAGCAUCCGAAUUGAUGAUUCAACGACAUUAUUUUGCUUAUUGUUUUGUUCAGGUUGUACCAGCUUCAUUGUUCGCCUUGUUCAUAAUUAAACAAAUGUAUCCAUCACAUGAUCUAAUCAAUUUGGCCAAUAUUUCGUUAGGAAACCGUACAAUAAUUUGCAUAAUUCUAUUUCUAUUUGCCUAUUCAAUAAUUUAUCUGGCUAGUAUUUUGGUCACACAUUUGGCGAAUAAUUUUUCCAAUGGUUUAAUAUUUUUUCGUAUACGUUGUUUUCAAAAUUUUUCCAUUUUUCCUAUUCGUUGGAUCGGAUUGGAACGAUUAGCAUCAUUAAUCGAUAUUGGUGCUGUAUUGGUAUUCAUUAAUACGGCUGUUUAUUUUUUGCCUUUGACUUAUUGUUUGAUACAUUUUUACUUUACCAUUUCAAUGUUAUAUUGGUUUUAUCAGGCUAAAAGUGUUGAAUUACGUUUGGGUAGAACAACAUCGACAACAUUGAUAUUUGCAAUAUAUCCUUUGUUGUUUUUAUUAUUAUUAGCCAUUACAUUAUUGCAUUUGCCAUAUUGCGUUGAUUGGAUAUUUGGACAAGCUUCAAUAAUGAUGACUAUCAAUAAUAAAUCAAAUAAUAUGUUGAAUUUGGCAAUGAAAAAUUUAUCAAACAUCUAUCUGGAAGAUUUUAUUUUGCUUUUAUUAUUGACUAUUCUAAUGGCUAUGUUUCAUUCUAAUCCAUUGGAUCUUCAACGACGAUUUUACUCAUAUCAUUCAAAUCGAACACAAAAAAUAUUCAACAUUUUAUUGUUGAUGAUAUCAUUCAUCACUAUGAUCAUUGGCUCUUUAAUUUGGGAAUCAAUUCGUAUAACAAUAACAAUUGUUUUAACAUUGAUUACAAUUGGUCAUUUUCGUCAUCAUUUAUGGAACAUGAUUAAUAUUAAUAUUAUUAAUAUCAAUGAUGAUGAUCAUUUCAAUAUUGAUCAUACUCAAGCCACAGCAGCACAACAACAAACGUCAGCAUCAGCCAAUAUCAAAAACAAUCAACAAAAAUUAUUCAAAUCGGAAUAAUAAUAAUAA